AUGCUCAAGCUUCUCGUUGCCGUCGCGCUUUUGGCCGUUGUCGCCGCCGACUCUUGCCUUCACUGCAUCUGCUUGCACGAGUCGGGAUGCAAGCCCCUAGGCUGCCAUAUGGACGUCGGAUCGCUGUCCUGCGGUUAUUAUCAGAUCAAACUCCCGUACUACGAGGACUGCGGCCAGCCAGGAAAGAAGAGCGGUGAGAGCACCGAGACCGCUUGGAAGAGGUGCGCGGCCGAGUACUCGUGCUCGACGACCUGUGUCCAGAACUACUUCAAGCGCUACGAGCGCGAUUGUGCUGGCAAGGGCUUCGGCACCUGCGAGCAAAUGUCUCGUAUUCACAAUGGAGGACCUUCCGGCUGCUCGUACGCCUCGACCGCCGGCUACUGGGCGGCCAUCCACAAGUGCUGCGGGUGCAAA